AUGUCAUCUGACUGCGACACUCAUACCAAUGACUCUCGUCCUUCUGACUUCAAUGAUGGGGCUGAUGCAAUCUUAGCGUACGCUAACUUCAAGUUUGAGGGCUCCAGGAGGUCUACUCCAGAAAGUCAUUUUGGAUGCCCUGGGUCUGCCCAUGGCCAAGGCGCCCCCGUAUAUUCCUGUGGAUGCUAUAAAUAUAAUAUACUUGAAAGGUUCAAACCUUCACCUUCACCUCCUGACAAUGAGCAGGCAUUUCAGCUUGCAGAUGAGUUUGGAGCGGAACAACCAAAGCCAAUUCCACGUAACUUUGGCCAGGACGUGAGGGCAACAUCAGUACCUGUUGUUGAGCUUCAGCCACCUGUGAAACACAGGAAGAUAGAAAGAAAAUUCGAGUUGUUUGAAGGGGAAUCGGCACUAGCCAAGGUCAUGCAGGAAGUUGUGGAAGUGCGUGAGGUUCCAAACUCGAGCGAGUCUCAGAGUAAUUGGACAAUGGUGGAGACAGUAUUCGGACGCACAGCAUCCAGAAACGUUCAAGCAAGCAAUCGUGGCGAGGCAGUGGUGAAAGCGUGA